AUGUCGCCGUUUCCACAUCCCAAGCCAUUGCCUUCAUCCUACUGGCUCAAAAGCAUCAAGGGCAGGAUUCCUACAAUAUCUGCUUUGCCUUCAGCAGCAGAUAUUGUGGUUAUUGGCACUGGCAUUUCAGGUGCAAGUACAGUCUUUCACCUGGCUGAGCGAUUCCAGUCUCUACCCAAACCAACUCCACUGAGGAUUCUGCUUUUGGAUGCAAGGGAUAUAUCCGGUGGUGCAACAGGAAGAAACGGUGGUCUCAUGUGGCCUGGUCUGUUGGACUCAUGGCCUGCAUUGGCUGGUAAGUAUGGUCGGUCCACUGCUGCCCACCUCAUCCGCUUUGAUCUCGACAACUGCCAUGCAACCGCCAAGACUGCAUUGGCCCUUAACAAAGCGUGCACCGCUGGCGAUCCUGCUGAUCCUUGUCUCUAUUUUUAUCCAAAAGGUGGUGUUAACCUUCUCUAUACAGAAGAUGAAGUGCGCUCCUGGAAAGAAAAUAUUGCUGCAAUGCAGGCAGAGGGAUGUCCUGAAUGGGGAGUGACGAUGUGGUCUGAGCAGCAAACUCGCCAGCUGGUACCCAAUGUCUGUGGUGUUAUUGGUGCAGUGCACAACAAGUAUGUUUGGCGUAUGCGAUCCGGUAGAUUGGUAGCAAGCUUGCUGAAUCAAGCAAAGCGUAUUGCUGCCGACUCGAAUGGUUUGCUCCAGCUGGAUGUUUCGACUUAUACCCGCGUUGAUCGUGUAGAAGCCAUGCAAUCUACUCCUGCAUCCAAGUAUGCGUUGAACGUGAUGACCGAAAAAGGAAACGUGAGUGCUGGCAAAGUUGUGUACUGCACCAAUGCCUACUCUUCUGCAUUGCUUCCCACUGUAGACAUUACUCCUGUCAAAAACCAAGUGGUGGUUACAAACGAGUUGAAGGUACUGCCAUGGGACUGUGCCAUCAAGGCCCAUUCGGGUUAUGAUUAUCUGUCAUCGCGAGAGGAUAAUCGUGUGGUACUAGGUGGUAUGCGAUACCUUGCUCCAGGCUUUGAAGUCGGCAACUCAAACGAUGGCGUACUUGACCCAGUUGUGUCCAAUGCACUCAAAACGUUCAUGUCAACCGAAUGUCCCGAGGUCAAAUCAGGCGAUUCCGAUGGAACUGUCAAGGUUCAAGAAGAAUGGGCAGGAAUCAUGGGAUUUACAAGUGAUCAUAUGCCGCUUGUGGGUCCUAUUCCCAAUCGCAAAAAUGAAUUGAUUUGUGCUGGAUUUUCAGGUCAUGGCAUUGCCAGAGCCUUCUUGUGUGGAAAGGCUGUUGCAGAUAUGACUCUGGGUGUAGAUGCUACAAAUGCUUCAAAUGUUGUAGAUCUACCUGCUGUAUUUCUGCCACGUGGCCGAUUUGAUAAGCCUAAGGAUGCAGAUCCGUCCAAGUUGGUGUCCAAGAUGUGA